AUGAUAGCAAUAAUAUAUUUCUUAUUCCUAAUUACUAAAUCAACUGUAUCUAUAUCAACCAAUGCUUUUUGUGAAUGCUAAGAGUUUCAAACCUCAAUUGAAUGUGCAUAAUAAAAGGAUUGUAAAUGGUCAACAACUUGUAAGGAUAAAAUCUGUAACGAUUUCAUUGAAGAAUCAGAAUGUGAUAGAGCAUUUGGCUGUGCUUGGAAUAAUAAUUUAUAAUAAUGUACCUAAUUCACUUCUUGUUCUAAUUAUAAAGUAAAAAUGCCCUAAUCAUGUUAUUUGAAAGAUGAAACUUGUAUUGCUGGAAAUAAAAAUUCUGAUGGAACAUAUAUAUGUUAACAAGGUACAAUUAUUUGUAACUAAAUCGGUGAUUAAAAACUUUGUGAUUCUGGGUUGUAUCAAAACCAAUAAGAAAUAUGUUCUUAUUCAUAAUCUUCAUGUCUAGCUAUUGAUAUUUCUAAAUGCUCUACAAUUACUGAAAAAAUUCUCUGCACUUCCUUAAAAUGCUCUUGGUCAAUUUCUAAUUAAUCAUGUUUGGUAGGAACAUGUUCCCAAUAUUUAUCUUAUGAUAUGUGUACCUAUGUAAGUGCUGAGAAAAUUGGAACUAAGAUCCUUUGUAUAUGGCUAAAUAAUUCUUGCAUUGAAGCAAAUGAUGUUUCUGCUCUAACUUCAUCAAAUUGCUUUAUUAAUACAGGUGGAUCAUAUGCUUGGAUAUAUGGUAAAUGCAUAGAAUGUAAUGGUAUCAAAUUUGAUACUUUGUUUGUUUUAAAUGUUAUUCUAGCUGUCCUAAUUGCUUUCAUGUUAUGA